CCCCCCCCCGGAAGUAAUAAAUCUCCAUUAAGCCAACGAAGUCGAACCUCGGUAGCUUUCUGUUUCCAGCGGUGAAGACGCAGCCAUGCCGCCCGGGCCCGUCCAGAUAGUUCAGCCGGAGUCCAACAACAAGCAGAAUGAUGGAGCCGCAGAAGAGACCCCAGCCACUAAGCCCAUUGUUGGCAUCAUAUACCCGCCUCCAGAGGUCCGAAACAUCGUCGACAAAACGGCUAGUUUUGUUGCCAGGAAUGGACCAGAGUUUGAAGCAAGAAUCCGUCAGAAUGAGAUCAACAAUCCUAAAUUUAAUUUCCUCAAUCCCAACGAUCCCUACCAUGCUUACUACCGCCACAAGGUCAAUGAAUUUAAAGAGGGCAAAGCACAAGAACCAUCUGCAGCAGUACCUAAGGUCAUGCAGCAACAAGCCUUGCAGCAGUCCCAGCAGCUUCCUCAAAAGGUGCAGUCGCAGGUGAUUCAGGAGACCGUAAUCCCAAAAGAGCCACCCCCCGAGUUUGAAUUCAUUGCGGAUCCUCCGUCAAUCUCUGCAUUUGAUCUGGAUGUUGUGAAGCUCACUGCCCAGUUUGUUGCUCGCAACGGACGGCAGUUUCUCACCCAACUCAUGCAGAAGGAACAGAGGAACUACCAGUUUGACUUUCUGCGCCCACAGCACAGCCUCUUCAACUAUUUCACCAAAUUGGUGGAGCAGUACACAAAGAUUCUGAUCCCUCCCAAAGGCCUCUUAAUCAAACUUAAAAAAGAGGCUGUGAACCCAAAGGAAGUUAUGGACCAGGUGAGAUACCGUGUUGAGUGGGCAAAAUACCAGGAGCGUGAGAGAAAGAAGGAGGAAGAGGAGAGGGAGAAGGAGCGGGUUGCUUACGCUCAAAUCGACUGGCAUGAUUUUGUGGUAGUGGAGACGGUGGAUUUCCAGCCCAAUGAACAAGGCCAUUUCCCUCCACCUACAACACCAGAGGAGCUUGGCGCUCGCAUCCUGAUCCAGGAGCGCUAUGAGAAAUAUGGAGAAAGUGAGGAGGUGGAGAUGGAGGUUGAGAGUGAGGAUGAAGAGGAUGAACGAGAGAAACGGGCUGAUGGCCAGCCUUCGCAACCUGAUCAAGACACUCAAGUCCAAGACAUGGAUGAGGGAUCUGAUGAAGAAGAGGAAGGCAUGAAGGUUCCAUUGCCACCAGAUAACCCAAUGCCACCGCCGCUGCCUCCAGCUCCAGCACAGGUUAUUAUUCGCAAGGACUACGACCCCAAAGCUUCCAAGCCGCCGCCAUCAGUUGCAGCCCCAGAUGAGUACCUUAUUUCACCAAUUACCGGUGAGAAGAUUCCAGCCAGUAAGAUGCAGGAGCACAUGCGUAUCGGCCUCCUGGAUCCGCGCUGGCUUGAACAGAGAGACCGAAGCAUCAGAGACAGGCAGACUGAGGAUGAGGUCUACGCCCCCGGUUUGGAUAUUGAGAGCAGUUUGAAACAGCUAGCGGAGAGGCGUACUGAUAUCUUUGGUGUGGAAGAGACGGCCAUCGGAAAGAAGAUUGGUGAAGAGGAAAUUCAGAAACCCGAAGAAAAGGUUACCUGGGAUGGUCACUCAGGAAGCAUGGCUCGUACACAGCAGGCAGCCCAGGCUAACAUCACUCUGCAAGAGCAGAUUGAAGCCAUUCACAAGGCCAAAGGACUGGUGGGAGAGGAUGAAACUAAGGAGAAAAUUGGUCCAAGCAAGCCAAGCGAUAUUCAUCAUCCUCCUCCCAUCCCCUCAUCUGCACCAAGUCUGCAUAAACCUAGUCCUCCUGUCACAUCUGUGCCACGCCCACCUCUCUCUGUGGCUCCUCCAGUCCGUACCACUCUGUUGUCUGCUGUACCUGUGAUUCCAAGGCCCCCUGUAGCUCCUGUAGUACGUCUUGCGCCAGGGCAAGUCAUAACACAGAUGCCACCUAUGAUUCCUGCUCCUCGUGUCAACGUGGUUCCUAUGCCACCAGCACCCCACCUGAUGGCCCCCAGACCACCCCCUAUGGUUGUUCCAACUGCAUUUGUCCCUGCUCCUCCCAUACCACAACCACCUAGCGCUGCUCCAGCACCACCCAUCCACCCACCCCCUCCUCAUGAGGAAGAGCCAGUCAGCAAGAAGAUGAAGACGGAGGACAACCUCAUCCCAGAAGAAGAGUUCCUUCGUCGAAACAAGGGUCCUCUGGCAGUCAAAGUACAGGUCCCCAACAUGCAGGACAAGACCGAAUGGAAGCUAAAUGGCCAAGUGCUGAAUUUCACUCUCCCACUUACGGACCAGGUGUCAGUUAUCAAAGUCAAAAUCCACGAGGCAACCGGCAUGCCAGCUGGAAAACAAAAGUUACAGUAUGAGGGAAUAUUCAUCAAGGAUUCAAACUCGCUGGCUUAUUACAACAUGACCAAUGGUUCAAUAAUUCAUUUGGCCCUGAAGGAGAGAGGUGGAAGAAAGAAGUGAGACGUUCUUCGUGGAGUAAACGUUAGUUGUGCUACUCAUCCCUGUAAAGUCAUUUGAGUUCAGUCGAAAAGUUUCGAAAUAUGUUGCUUUUUUUUUUCCAAAGAAUUAUUCUAAAAGUUAUGCUGUCCCUGAAUGGUAUGUUGUUCUUACUUAGCAGUGAUUUUUGGUUCCAACUCCUGAUUUAUCCUUGAUGAUAUAUACACUGAUGUUGUUUCACAGGUAAAUUCCUCAAAAUAUGGAGUCCUGGCUUGUUUGUUCCUUUUAAAUAAAGAACUUAAGCAAUCA